UAUACUCGGUACUAUUUCUAUCACCACACCGAAAGUGGGUCAAACCAACCUUCCAAUGGAACAAAUCUUUUGAAGUGUAUUACAGAAUAUUUCACUCAAAAUGUCGUUUAAUAGUAUUUUGCAUGUAUCGAAUGGAUUAAGAUCAUGUUUGGCGAGAGCGAAAAUAAGCCAAGUGAGUGUGGCAGCAUUCCACACCAGCCAGAAGAAUGACACGAGGCCAAAAUCUCCUCUUCCAUUUCCGAAGAAGGAAAUGAUCAACAACACCAAAAUCAGAGGAAUUGACAUUCUCAGAGAUCCGAAGCUAAACAAGGGUCAGGCUUUUACCCUUCGUGAGCGACAGUUGAUGGGAAUCCAUGGCCUUCUUCCACCAGUUAUCAUUGACCAGGAGACUCAGCUUGAGAGAGUUAGGGCAAACUUUCGCAAGAGGAAGACUGAUGUUGACCGCUACAUUUAUCUAAUGGCCCUGUAUGAUCGCAAUGAGCGCCUGUUUUAUCGUUCGCUGAUUGAGAAUGUAGAGGAGAUGAUGCCCAUCGUGUACACACCCACUGUCGGAAAGGUGUGCCAAGAGUAUGGGCUUCUCUACAGGAGACCGAGGGGUUUGUUCCUGUCCAUCAAUGAUAAAGAUCACCUUUAUGAGAUGGUAUGCAACUGGCCAGAAAAUGAUGUUAAGGCUGUGGUUGUGACAGAUGGAGAGCGAAUUCUGGGCCUGGGAGACCUGGGUGUGAACGGGAUGGGGAUACCUGUGGGGAAGCUGUCGCUGUACACAGCUCUUGGGGGUAUUCCACCCCACCAGUGCCUCCCUGUCAUCCUGGACGUAGGCACAAACAACAAGAAAUUGCUGGAAGACCCUCUCUACAUUGGGAAAAGAGCACCAAGAAUUACUGGACCUGUAUAUGACGAAUUCAUUGAAGAAUUUGUUGAGGCUAUUGUUCGCAGGUAUGGGCAGACCACCCUGAUCCAGUUUGAAGAUUUCGGUAACAGCAACGCCUUCAGAAUACUCGAGAAAUAUUGUAAGAGAGUGUGCUGCUUCAACGAUGACAUUCAGGGCACUGCAUCUGUGGCAGUGGCUGGCAUCAUUGCAUCUCUUAGAAUCACAAAAAAGAAGCUGUCUGAUAAUGUGUUUGUCAUGCAAGGAGCUGGAGAGGCAAACAUUGGAAUUGCCAACCUGCUGUCCCUGGCGAUGACGGAGGAGGGAACACCACUGGAGGAUGCUCGCAGCAAGAUCUGGAUGGUAGACUCGCGCGGUCUGAUUGUUAAUGACCGACCAAAAGGCGGGGUGUCCGGACACAAGAAAGAUUUCGCCAAGAACCACCGGCCAAUUGACACAUUGGAAGAGGUUGUUAAGGAGAUCAAACCCACCGCCCUUAUUGGUGCUGCGGCUGUGUCAGGUGCAUUUACUGAGACAAUCUUGCGAGACAUGGCAGCCUUCAAUGAGCGACCCAUCAUCUUUGCCCUGUCAAACCCAACCAGCAUGGCAGAAUGCACUGCAGAAGAAGCAUAUACGCUCACAGAGGGUCGAUGUGUGUUUGCCAGUGGUAGCCCGUUCCUGCCGGUGACAUACAACGGACAGACUUUCUACCCUGGCCAGGGUAACAAUGCCUACAUAUUCCCUGGAGUAGCCCUGGGCCUUAUCUGCUUCCGGGUUCCACACGUCACAGACUCUAUCUUCCUCAGGGCUGCACAGGCAUGUGCCAGCCUGGUAACGGAUGAACAUCUGGCCCAAGGUCGCCUGUAUCCACCACUGAGUGAGAUUCAGAAUGUGUCCCGCAAGAUUGCCACCGAGCUGGGCGAACAGGUGUACAAGGAACACCUUGCGCUACUGUACCCCGAGCCGAAAGACAAGGAACAGUUUGUCGUAGAUCACAUGUAUUCUACUGCGUACGAGUGCUUCGAGCCUGACACAUGGGACUGGCCUAGCAAUUAGAAGUGCAUAAUAAGCAAAUUGGACUUAGUAGGGGCCUGCCAUUGAGAGAAUUGUAAGCUGGUUUUUAGGGCAUUUAUUGAAGCUCUUUCUCAAGCCUGGUCUCCUCCAAAAACAAUUUAUUUUUAGAUGAGCAUAUUUUGCUUCUUAAGGUAAUAUAUUUUAAUGAUUUAAACAAACUUUUUAUCAGUGGGAUAAGAUUUGUAUGUUUUUGCUUACCGGGUAAUAUUAAGAUGUAAAUGUAUUUAAAACAAGAAUUUAAUUAUGCUGUACUUUUUUUAUUAUCAAAAGAUUGUUUAACAAAUCCUUUUUUCUGGCUGCCUUCUGAUAUGUCUCACCAUUAUUGUUAAGAUUGAUUUGUAUUUGUUUGAUUGCACCAUUUUUAUUCAGAUUAAGUUGCAGCAUUGAAGGCUCUGCCUUAUAAAUAUGGCAUCACAUGUCAUUUAAGUUGUUUAGAAAUCUAUUUCGCAUUCACGUGUAGUAAGGAUUAGUGAAGCAUCAUUUAAAAUUUGAGUGUUAUAGUAACUAAUGUGCUUAUUUUACCAAAUAGUUAAUUUAAUACCUAUCUUAUUUUUUAAUUUAGGGCAUAUUUCUAUGGAUACUUAGAUAAAAAAAAUCUUCGUAGCUUUUGUUGCUAGAUAAAAAUACUACUACUUGCCUACCAUUGUCUACCUUUGUGUAAAUAUCCAGGUGUGGGUUGGCUUUCUGGCAUUUUAUUUACACCCGAUUUUGCAUUGGAAUGCAACUAUGAAACUUGUUAAUGAUUCAUGUAUACAUGUUUAUUGUGCUGUGUUUAUCGCACACCCUUUUUUAUUAUGGUCCCUUUACUUUGUUAGUGUAUUUAUUUGCAAUAAACUGAUAUUGUAUUUUCUGAAGUAUGCUAUACAGCUGCAGUAUGUAUUUCUUAUUGAUGCUACAAUAUAUAAUACUCAAAAAAGCAUGUCACUUACACUAUCAAAUGAAUUAAUAAAUUAAAACAUGAUUAAUAGCUACAUGUAGUAAUAGUUAUAUGGAGAUAGUACUAACCAUUUCCAGCAUAAUAUUUGUCAUAAAUAUAGAUCUGCUUCAGUGAUUUCCCAUGUAUUUUGUUAUGGUUUGUAUCAGUAUUAACUGAAACUUUCUAGUGUUCAUAACUUCGUCUUCAUAGUUUUAGUAAUCCUUAGUAGAAAUACUUAUACGACAUGUUUAGAUUAAUGUAUCUUUGCUGACAUACCGUAUCAGUAAACUCAUUCCAUAGUUGCCCACUGUUCUAGGUGAAUAUCUAUUAGAUCUGUAGCUCAGGAUCACAGGCCCCAUCUUGACAAUGAUCAUAUCAUACGAGCGCAUAUUCAAAUCCAUAUUUAUGAGAAGUAGUAAGAUCAAUAUUGAAGUAAUUAUUGCAUUUGUCAAUUCAAACAUAAUUUUCAUGUAUUUUAUUUUGCAAAAAAAUGUUCAUUUAAUUGUUAAAAAUGAACUAUCUAAUGGAAACUCUUGAUGAUAUGAUCGUUUUAGGUAUGAUCAUUGAUAGCGUGGCUCCUAUAUGUGUAAGAAUCUCGACAAAUGCAUUUUGUCAUAAUAUAUUUUUUAUAACUGAAUCAACCAUGACCUUUUUAGGUUUUGCAUGGAGAAAUAUACUGGUAGUUCUUUUUAAGAGCAUGAUACAACUUUUUACAAUAAUUGUCUCUUAAGAUUAACUUGUUAUAGUAAAAAUAACAUACAGAGCUGCAAUGAACACUAAUUGAACUUUCAAUGCUGUUGAACGUGUGCUUUUGCUUAUAUUAAUUUUUUACACUUGUUUUCUCAUUGUCAACUCAUACAUGCCUCGUGAUGACACCGCCAAGAUUGUCUCCUCAUUGUGCUAAUGCAUAAAGUGCUAGUUUAAGGGCUUAAUCUGGAUAGAAUAAAUGAAAAUAAUCGAAAGCCAAAUCUCCAAUGUAUGUACCCCCACAUGAACUUAUGUACUUACUAUUGUUAUUAUCUUACAGAAAAAACUUUUGUAUUGUUUAAAAUAUUUUUCUAACUUGAAUGUUUCAUAACAACUUUAGUAUUAACAAACUUUUCUAUUGUUAAUAUAUUUUUUACUUCACAAGUCCAUGUCAAUAAAAAAUUUACAGCAAAUAUCUUU